GCCCAGGAGGGAUGCUGCUCCGGCAGCUGCUGGGGCUGCUCCGCUACUGGUGGCCCUCCCUGCUGCUGCACUGUGCCCUCCACCCGCUCUGGGGGUCCCUCCAGAUCACUCAGGGCGAGCCCCAGAAGUCAUGCUCCAAGCCUGUAGCAGAGAAAUUUACAGAGAGCUGCCAGGAAAUUUGCCAGUGCAGGCCACCUCCACUGUUACCACCGCCUCCUCCACCUCCACCGCCCCCAAGGUUGCUAGCGGUGCCAACUCCCAAGUCUACCUUUUGUCCUACUGAAGAGACCUGGUGGCCAGGCCUGGUUAUUAUCAUUGCAGUAUGCUGCACCACACUAGUGUUCCUCUUUGUAGUUGUCAUCAUUUGCUACAAAGCCAUAAAAAGGAAACCAAUGAGAAAAGAAGAGAACGGAACCAGUCGGUCGGAAUAUGCAAUGACCUCCUCCCAAAACAACAAAACAGUUGAUAACAAUGCGGUCGUAUAA